GGGCGAUGCAGGAGAUUGCGGUCUCCCGCGAUCUGCCACUGUUCGUGUGCGGUAACAACAUGUAGUGAUCGCUUGUGGAGUCCGCCCAGAUGUGUACUUGUUCUUCGUUCAAUACAGGGCGGUUCCUAGUUGCCGUACUGUCUGACAACCCGCACGCUUCUUACAUCCUACGCUUCACCCAGUCAGAGGUGCUGUCCUGGAGAAUGAUGAAAACUUCACCAUCGGCAUGCAAUAUAAGGGGCGGUAGGCAUGUUAUGCUCCUUCUUUCGCACUCCGCAGCCUUUGAGACCUCGGAGCCGCGCGAUCGUGUUUAUGCAUUGUACAGGCUACACAAGAUGGCAGGCAUUGUAGACUUCACGCCACCCUAUAGCAUGAAUAUAGCUGGGAUAUACCAGCUGGUCACGGAGUUAGUGCUGAGAUUGAAAGGCGAUCUCGACGUGCUCGAGUUGAUGCCGCACGACCCGGCGGAAGACCUGCCGUCCUGGUUUGUAGGCUUGUCGCAACAGCCUCCAGCAAGCCUGCCAGUGCCUACUCAAACUCAGAAGCAGCGUACGAGGACAGAAACGAAGCUGGCGCGACACCAGUUCUUAGCCUCCUGUAUCUGAGCAAAUCGAUGCCGACUACGAUUGCAUGACCCUAGCCUCUGAGGAUCUGAAGGCUCCAGAACCCGACCCUCCGCACAUUGAAGCAGGGGUCCUGCGAGCGACAGGCUCGGUUAUUGACGAAAUCAUAGAAAUGUCACACCCGUCAGCCGGCAUUGCUGCAGCCUUCUGUUACGCUGGAAGACUGACUCGGCACUUCGAAG